CUUAUUGAAAAAUUAGCGGUCUGGUCAAGUCCAAUGGGGUCGUCAGGUGUUUCUGAGAUAGAAUACUGCUUAGGAGGCGUAAAGCAGUUCUUGAGGUGUCCCAUAUGGUGAGUUGUUAAAAAAAGGGUUUAAUAGGUGUAGUUUGGAUGAUGUUCUGAAUCCUGUCGUUACACCAUGCUCUCAUAUUUACUGCAAGUUUUGUAUGGACAAACAUUUUGAGAAGAAAAGGAGUGCAAAUUGCCCUCUUUGUAAUAAGAACCUCUCUUCCAGGUCUUUAAAGCAUUCAAACAAAGUUGUAAACAUAAUCGACUUGUGUAAGAAAGUUAUAUCAGCUUAUGAAUUUGAAGCAAAAACUAAGCUUGUUCCUCAGGACCUUGUAGGCAGUUUGCAUCUAAGUCAGGAACUAACACAGGUGGACGUCGCUGGUUCAUGUAAUUUACCGAGUAGUGGGAAGUCUGAAAACUUUCAGAAUAAUAGUAACCAGUUACGUCCUCAACCUCGCAAUCGUAUUCUUCUGGGCACCACUGCACGCAUACAGCGAACAAAGCAAAUGAACAAACAGCACAAUGCUCCACUUUCUGAGGAGAUCCUUACCCAGCCAAUGCAUGGUUUGUGCGCAUCCAUGGAGGUAGAAAGACAUGAAUUGCCAAAGCAAGUUGUUGAAAACAGUGAUGCAUUCCUUGAUAUAUUUAGUCUUACACAGCAAACUCAACCGAUGGUCGAUUCAUUUGAUAAUGGUUCAUUGUUCUCACCAGUUGAAGGUAUGCGUCAUACGGACUAUUCGAGUGAUAUAUCUGUAAAUCGCACUACUACAAAGGAUAAGUCGAAAUCUAUGUCAAAAUUACUUCUGAAAACCUCGAAAAGCAUUGGACGUGCUGCGUGUCUACCGCCUCGACCGCCAACCAUGCGGACUGCAGUUUUGAAACAAAAUAGUCAAGAAGUUGCUGUUCACGGCUCUCUAGCUCCACAUAAAUCUGUGUCACUGAAACGACCGUCCGGUUCGCCGUUUGGAGAUGAUAAAAACAGAAAACACUGUCGACGAGAAUCGAAUUGCUCCGUAUUGUCUGGUCAGGGAUUGGUAACAAAAACGCACGAAGUUUUAUGUCAUGUACAGCCCUCAGAGAAUAUAUGCAUCAAUACUAAAAGUCAUACCAAUCUUUUUAACCAGGAGGAAACUAAAACUAAAUCGGAGCAGCAACCAAUAUCAGCUGCUUGCAACUUGAAGAAACGUUCUCACUCGUUCGGUGGGUCUUUGUCCCACACAUCGUCAGUACUAGCUGGUAAACGCUUGCUUCAAAAAUAUCGUAGCAGGCCUCAUCGUCUGUCAACAGUUCAGCGCAGUCUUUCUUCUAAAAGCCCUGGUUGGUCUCGUUGGCGUCAAAUGUGUCACGAACUGAGACGUCGAAGUUCAUCAUUGCGAAUAACAUUCCACAAGUCAUCUAGUUUGGCUGAUAAAAUUGAAUCAAGUGUUUCCUCUGUAUCAGGCGAAGCCAACAAGACACGUACCAUUAGGAAGUCUUCCAAACGCUCCUCUCUCUCCAGUCUCAUUGGCCUUUCUUUGCCUAAGUUGGGACUUGCUGUUAAUCGAAGUAAACGUAGAGUCAGUGAGAAAACAGUUGAGAUGUCUCGAGAUAAACAAGAAGACAUGUCUGAUAUUCCUUUUAAUAUCAUUCCAGAACAGAGUAUGACAAACAAAUCUCACGAUGGCUCCAGUUCAGUGUCGCAGUUAACGAGAGCGGAUUGUCCUAAAGAGACAUGUCAUUUUAUCAUGCCUUUACGACGUUUGAUUUCUCGUGACUACUUCCAUUCGAGAUCACUGCAUUCCCGUUUCCGCUGUUCUCUGCGUCGGGAUGAAGCUGCUGUCUCUCCUAUAAUUCAGGUUAAGUCACCCCAUGGUUACUCUGCUUAUAAAUGUGAUCUAGAUUCACCUGAACCUUGUGGUCGGCUUGACGGAUCUACCAUCUCGAAUACAUCAUGCUCAGGAAUUGAUUCUGCUGAAAUUUAUUGUCAGCCUUUACAUUGUAGCGCCUGUGGUGAGACGUUAGUAUUACAUACAGAUAUCAGUAGUGCAAAUACGAUAUCACCAGGACCUCAGUUUUCCUCGGAGUUAAUACUCCGCCCGCCUGUUUCUAUUCUCUCCUGUUCCAUGUCUUCUUCAUACUGGCAGGCUGAAGACCCAGGCGAUACAAUCUUCACGGAUGUAGAUCUAGACUCUCUAGUUGAGGUGAAUCGUCGUUAUAUAUCAGAAUCUGAUUGGGACUGUAAGCCAAAGCACCCUACUAUGUCUGUUUCCAGAAAUUCUCAUAUUUCAUCCCUCCAAAGCAACCCGAGAAACAAUGCAACCGAUCAUUGUGAAAUUCAAUCAAGUGUCAAUAUAACAAAGUUAGCUGAAGCACCACUAAAACCUUGCCACUCAACUACAGUGCUUUCGGAUGCUCAAACAAAUAACAAUGAAUCAGAAGAAAUACAUGGUGAAAACCAUCUGUUAAAAACUCAAAACAUGGAGAUCGAUGAACCUCCAACCAUACAGAGCAAUGACUUCUUUAGGUUUCCUGAUCAGUCGAAUUUUUCUACUUUUCAAGGUAGUUGUAGUAGUGAGAUUAUGCCGACUGUGGAACGUGAGCGUUUACGCCACGAAUGUGAAGAGUUGGAAGCCGUAGUUGCAGCUUUACAGAAGCAAUUGGAAGCUCAAGCCGACGAACUCAGUCCUGAAUCAACUGCCGAAAUCCUUAAAUUAGCCUGUACAGAACCUUUGGAUGAUGCACCUCUUGAUUUACCAUCGUCUACAGAGAAAAGUUAUGAUAAACUGCGGAUGUCCCCUGAUAAUGAUGUAAAACAAGUCGUAGUCAGCGUUGAAAAGCUUCAAACUAACGAAUCACUUACCAUUCAGUCUUCCCCAAAAUUGUCUGAGGUUUUGGAAACUUAUGCUUCAGAAACAGUUGAUAUUAUUCCAUCUUCUCAAACGGAUGAACCAGAAAAUUACCAAAUAAAUGUAUCAUUACCAAAUAUUACUUCUCAGCCUACAGUAGAAAAUUCCAAACUUGGUCAAUCAAACCAAAAUGAAUGGAAAAACAUAACCAGUACAUUGAAUAAUUCUCUCGGUGAUUUCAUACCUGGUUCAUUAUCUUUAUCCACACAAAAUAUCCGUGAUCCAACUUCGCUCACUCAAAAUCCAUUAAUUAAUAUUACCGAAUGUCCUGAAACAAAUUUAAGUUCAUGUAACACACCUGUAGAUGAAAACUGGCUUCCGAAAAUUUCUAAUAAAUGUCAGAAAAAUAUUGCAGUUACAGGUUCCAACUUAUCAUCUUCUGAUGCUGAUUUACUGCAUAAGUUUUGUUUGCAGUUCAGUAUCUCCGAGCACAGCCGUUUCAUUCCCCAGAAGACAACUCAUGUAGUGAUUAAAGAAGAACCAGGUCGUCCUCGCGUAGUCAAACGAACUUUGAAGUAUUUUUUGGGUAUUCUUAAUGGAGCGUGGAUUGUAAAUACAGAUUGGGCUCGUGAAUGUGUAACGGCGAAAAGACUUCUGGAUGAGUCUCCGUAUGAGAUUGAAGGAGAUACAGUUUGUGGUGAUUGUCAUGAGGGUCCCAGACGUGGUAGACUUGGUGUCCCAGCCAUUCCUCAACCACUUGAUAGAUUACCUUUUCGAAAUUCGGCUAACCUAUUGUCUGGAGUUGGUUCAGGUGAUCGUCGUCCAUUUUCUGAUCUAUGGCUCUGUGCAUAUCGUAAUUUGGGGGCUCUACAAGUGGCUGAUUUUUGUCAGCUGGCAUUAGAUGGAGGUGCUGAACGGGUUUUCGAAAGACCUUCGGAUUUGAUAGAUGCAACCAACAAGUUAACACAAUCGUUGUCAGUUACGGGAAUGGAUGUUCGGAAACCACGGGCUGUAAUUCUUACAGACAAAGAUUCCUCUGAAUUCAAUUUUCAAGAAUGUCAGGAGCUUUAUCGAGUAUACGGUGUACCUGUUAUAAGUAUUGAAUGGAUGUUGAAUUGUAUUUCAUUAUAUCGUCGUUUACCAAUUAAUCAAGCUUAUCGUAUAUGCCCAACUCCUCAACCGGUUUGUGUAUCUAUUCCCAAAGCCUAAUUAUUUGUGUGUCUGGGUAUAUGUGCACAGGCACGCACAUACACACUGAUUUACCGUCUUCACAUUAUUUUAUUUUCUUUUAAUUUACUGUCUAUCUGACAUUAGAUUAAUUGGAAAUUGUUAUUUUUAUGUAAUAUUUAUUCUAUUCCCUAACUUUCCUAUUGUUUCACUCACCUUCGAUAUUUAAAAUCAUUCAAAAGAAUAUAUUAUAUAGCAAGCUUUCUCAG